AUGAACAAUCGGCCGGUCGAGCAGGCCCUUGGCACAUUGGUGCCGACACAUGCCAAUGACCUUCCGCAGGAGCUUCUGAGCUAUGCAAUGUCUCUAGUCGCGCAGUCUCGGAGCUUUUCGAGCAGCUUGAAGCCCGAGGAGGAAAUCGCACGGCCCUAUGCUUGUGCGGAAAUUGCUUGCAGAAGAUUGAGUAGAACCCUCAAACUCCCUCCACUAUUGGGACAUGCGCCGUGUCCCCCACGCAUCUACAAGAAGCUUUAUACAUAUCUCGACCGAUCUCUAACGGCCAGCUCAGCUGGUCUCAAGCGCUCAGCAAGUGGUUCAGCACCGGGAACACCAUCCCGUGCUGGCUCGACACAGACGACACCAACGAAGGGGACGGCGGCUAGGAACAGCCCAACAAAGAUGGUAGCACCGACACCUCGAGUGCUCCAGCACUCACCUUCGAAGUCCACCCCACUGAAGAGAAGUAUGAGUACGGCGGAUAACCUCGCCAGUCCCUCGAAGUUGGCGAAGAAGUCUUCAACAUCCCGGCCCAUGGAUCUUACUGGGUCAACUAGCAUCCCAGAUGCCCCGGCCUGGGUUAUGACCGCCAUUCGGACCGUAUGCAAGAUUCUGUCGACUCCUGCACCGCGUACAAACUCAUGGUCACGGCCGCCUAUCUCAAGAACUUUGCCUCCACAUAUCUUCUCUGGCGUCUCCUCCAUUCUCUAUCAGACAUCGAGCAUGUCUAUUGAUGAAGAGGGAUGGGACAAGGAGACAUUGGACUUCCUGGAGCCCAUUGUGUCCAUCCGGGCCUCUGAGAAAGAUGAUGACUUCAAAGAACUGGUCUAUGCCAUGACUGUUGCUGUUUACUUCAUUGUCCUAGCUCGUCGCCGUAACCCCGGGCCUGAUGGAGAACAAGAUGUCGAAGCACAGAAAAUGGACAAGAAAACAUUCAUUGAAAUGCGUCAGACAGCAUUGAACAGUCUUGGACUCAAGGCUAAUGACCGCAGACACCGCGAUGAUGUUGACCAAUGGAUUGCUCUGAUCAUGGAGCAAGGGUGGGCAAAUGGCCAGGAAUGGUUUGAGAACAUUCCCUAUGCUGGCCAGCUGUUUGGCGACGACGAGGAAGGCCAUUCCUAUCAGGAUAUUGACGAGGAAGAUGCUGCACUUAGAGGUGUCAAGCUGCCAAAGCGUUCAACUGCUGGCGAAGGGGCUCGUUCGAAGUCUGACUCUGCUCCGCGAGGUGGCCUUUUGCCUGGCCUCGGCACAAUGAUGCAAGACCGUGUCGACUGGUUGAGCGAUGACCGCCAGGAGGAUUUUGUAGAGUGGAAGGCGGAUAUCAUGGCUCGCAUCCAAGGUGCUGCUGCUUGA